GGCAGAGUGAAAGUAGGGACAUUCCGUUAAAAGUGUAGCUGAAAGUAUCUUUUCAGCAAGAAAAGGAGGCUACCACGCUAUGGAGGUUGUCGAGAACAGCAAAAUACCAUUCGCUUAGAUAGGGGAUAGUGUAUAUUCCCAUGCGUAAAGGUUGAAGGGACUGCAUCUUUGGAACAUUAACUUUUUUCUCAAAGUCGUAACACCUACCGAAGGAAAUGGCUAUUUCUUGGAUUUACAAAGUUUGGAUCCUGCUACUACCCAUUUUUGAAAGCGCUGUGUCCAGUUAUUCGGAAGACCAAUGCAGCUGGCGAGGGAGUGGUCUGUCCCAGCAGCCAGGCAGUGUGGAGCAGAUCUCCCUCCACUGCUCGGAGGGUGCUCUGGACUGGCUCUACCCUAAGGGGGCGCUUCGCCUCACCCUGUCCCCCAGGUUGACCUCUGCGGCGGUGGGGCCGGGGGGCAGCAGCUCAGGCCUGAUCACGGCCUGCGUCAAGCCCUCGGAGCACUUCCACGGGGCCCAGCUCUACCUGGAGAGAGACGGGGUCCUGGAGCUCCUGGUAGGGGACCGUCUGGAGACGUCUCCCCCACCCCGGGUGCGCUGCUUCAGCCGCUUGCCCGGCGAGAAGGUGGCCCUCUUCCUCCAGGCCACGCCCCACCAGGACAUCAGCCGCCGCAUUGCAUCGUUCCGCUAUGAGCUGCGAGGGGAUUGGACGGCACGCCUGUCACUCGAUUCAAACCCCAUCAGCAGUAAUGAAGGUGCCUGCAGACCCUGUAACAACACAGAGCUCAUUAUGGCCGUCUGCACCAGUGACUUUGUGGUGCGUGGUAAUAUUAAGGCAGUGGACGAGGACAGUGAGCUACGGGCGGCUGUAAUCAAAGUCAGCGCCACCCGAGUAUUCCGCCAGAAAUAUGCCCUGUUUACCAGCACCGGCCGUUUGACCCGCUCGGGCGAGAUCAGAACCCUGCUGCAGUGUGGUGUCCGGCCCGGGGCAGGCAGCUUCCUCUUCACCGGCCGCGUCCACUUCGGUGAGGCAUGGUUGGGCUGCGCCCCCCGCUACAAGGACUUCCUCCAGGCCUACGCUCAGGCCAAGUUGGCCCAGCAGCUACCCUGUGAAAUGGCUGUGGACUGAGCCGAACCACCCCAAAUCCCGGCUGACUACUCCCUUGAAAUGAGGCUGUCCUGUGAGGUAAGCCCUAACUCGAUCAGCACCCCCCUGCCCGUCCUUUGGUUUGCCAAACCUCAGAGUGAAAGGUGAGGAAGAUGGAAGCCUACCCGAUGGUGUAGCUGUGCACCGACCCUGCCAUGAAGGUCCCGUUGGAUGCAGUCUUCCCCCAAAGACAGGAGUUGGGCAUGGACAUUUGUAGCACCAUUCCCAGUGCAAUAUGCAGUCCUGUGGAGAUAUGAAGGACACUGUGGACUAGAUGAGAUUAAAGCAUUCGGCACAGGACACAUUUUCCAAAAGAUUCUGGGCAUAAGAGCUUUCCGUAACAACAAGCUGACAUUUUUCAGGCAUGGAUACAGAGCUAUUGAGUGACUGUCUUUUUAUACUCAGGAAAAUAUGUGGAAAAUUCUGUGGUGAAGUUACCAUCUGCUUGGAAGUCACACAAUUGUUAUCCCAGUGUUCAACCACAAGGCUGUAUUGUUUUUCUAUGGUGGUCUUCAAAAUGGCCACUCAUUUAUUUCAAUAUUUUGUUUUGGAAAACUGGGGGAAAUCUAUCCUUUUAUGUCCAAGAAUUCCGCACAAUUUUAUAGUUGAAAGAAACAAAUUGGGGACUAUUCUCAGGGUUGCAAUUCUUUAUUGGAGAUUAGGGAGGGUCUUUCUUUUUUCAAGGAUAAAACAAAAAUCUUAAUUUGCACUGAUAAGGGAAAGGGAAUGAUCUGGAAAGUCUGAUGCUGCAAGCACUGAAAACCAAAUGAAAACCUGACUAUAUGUAGCGUAGAAGAGGAGUGAUCAGAACGUAAUAAAUGUGCAGAUAUUGCUAGCGCAUGAUAGUGCUAGGCUAGGGUUAGCACAUGUUAACGCUAGGCUAGCACAUGUUAAUGCUAGGCUUGGGCUAGCGCAUGAUAGCGCAAGGCUAGGGUUAGCACAUGUUAACGCUAGGCUAGCACAUGUUAAUGCUAGGCUUGGGCUAGCGCAUGUUAGUGCUAGGCUAGGGCUAGCGUGUGUUAGCACUAGGCUAGGGCUAGCGCAGCAGGUUCGAAGCACGAUAAACUCUGCAAGCUAGUGAUGAACGCGCUUUCACGACAAUAGCCAACUCUGAGAUUUGUUUUCUUCCGGAGUACACACAGGGUAAUUAUGCCUUUUAGAACCCUGUAUAAAUAUUUUCUGAAGAUUUUUAUUAUACAGUUCACUGUUUACUUCAAGACUUCAUUGUGAUAUCUCAGUUUGGUUGGAAACUUUUGUAGCUUUUUAAUAUCUGGGAAACAUUGAUUUUAAUUUGCUGACUUUUGAAAAAAAAAAAAAUUUGAAACCCUUUUUUCGAGUUGACCAUAAUUACGUUGCAACACUGUUGCCCGUUACAUACAUUUUGUAGCUAUUCAUACCUAUGUUCCAACUGUAAGCCUAAGAGAAAUGCUGUCUGCAAAAAACAAGCUGCAAAAUUCUACCAAAACAGAUAAUGAUAAUGAGAUGCUAUAAGGUCUACUGGCCCAGAUUUAUGUCAUUGUUCAAAGUAAAAUAAUUGUAUUAAUUGAGUACCACAGUAUGAGUCAUAAAACCUGGAAAUGGUUCCAAUCGUUUUUUCACCAUUCAUUUUUCCAUCUGGAAUUUUAGAACUACUUGAUAUAGGGUCUGUGUUUUGUGUAGGCUUACCCUGGCUUGACGUUUUGAUAACCGCGCAAAUCUAACUUUUAUAAAUAAUUAGCAUUGCGCAUUUUUUAGAAUAAAUUGAGGCAAAUAUAUUGAUAAAACUCACCUUGUCCGGGAGAGAUUACACAGCUAUCAAAACGUUACGCUAAGGUAAGCCUACACCAAACACACAAUUAAUUGAAAAAUGAAUGGCAGAAAUUCCAUUUGAACCAUAACCAUUUCCACUGUGGCGGACUAUGGGAGUUUGGCUGGAAAUGUUUUAAAGUUUGUGGGACUGCAACUGUUGACAACUGCAAUAUUCCCCUCAGUGAAAGUCCAAUGGGAUAUGUCUCAAAGUUGGCAGAAGCAGUUGCAUCCAGUAGCUACCUAACAAGCAUACGUCCAAAAUGUUGAUAGCGAUGUUGAGCCGUGAAAACCUUAAAAACAAUUUAGUCCGUCACUACAGACCCGGGUUUGAUCCCGGGCUGUAUCACAACCGGCCAGAAUCGGGAAUCCCAUAGAGCGCGCACAAUUGGCCCAGCGUUGUCCGGGUUAUGGGAGGGUUUGGCCGGGGAGGCUUUACUUGGCUCAUCGUGCUCUAGCGACUCCUUGUGGCGGGCCGGAUGCCUGCAGGCUGAUCUCGGUCAUCAGGUGAACGGUGUUUCCUCCAACACAUUUGUGCGGCUGGCUUCCGGGUUAAGCUGGCGGGUGUUAAGAAGCACGGUUUGGCGGGUCAUGUUUCAGAGGACGCAUGACUCGACCUUUGCCUCCCGAGCCCAUUGGGGAGUUGUAGCGAUGAGACAAGAUUGAAAUUGGGGAGAAAAAGGGAAAAAAACUAAAACAAUUUAGUCCAAAUAUCAAUAAUGAAUUCUUAAAGCAAUAUUAAAUACUCUUUCAAACAGCUUUGGGGUUAGCAGUAAGCAUCUCUCGACUAGCAUACAAGAGGAACAAAAAAUGCAUGUCCAUGGCCAUGUUGGCCAGUCAAAAUAUGUUGUCUUAUGUGUGCUAAAUCGAUGAAGGGAGCAGUUAACACUAAAUUAAAUGUAUGUGCUGGAGCGGUAUGUACAGAAAAAGUGCAAUACUGCCAUGUUUGCUGAUAUUGUCAAUUGUUUCUAUGUGUAAUUUUGUGUUAAUACCAAUGUGAAUGUUAUUAUGUAUAUAAGAAAUUCUAGAAACAAAAAACUACUUAUGGAGGAAAGUGUUUAUAUGUGGUCUGUGAUAUAAAAAGUCUGAAAAGCA